UGGAUAUGUUAUCAAAUUAUCUGAAUCAAGCGUUCAAGCCCGGACUACUUUUCCGCAUCUCAAGGAACUUCCGGUGACAGCAUGGCGGCGAAAAGAAAAGCUCACGAUGUGUCAAGCCCGUGGAUUCGAAAUAGCAUAUUACUACUGUGUAGUUUGGGCAUAGUUAUAUCUGGAUAUGCGUAUCAUGUUGAAAUGUCAAAAGAAAAGGAUGACUCGUACAGAGCCUUGUGUGAUUUCAGUGAGACAAUCAGUUGUUCCAAGGUGUUUACAUCAAGAUGGGGAAGAGGAUUUGGCCUGAUUGACAGAAUUGUUGGACGUGAAAGCUUGCUGAACCAACCUAACAGUGUAUUUGGCAUGAUCUUCUAUGCUUUUCAAGUCACUAUAGCAUACAACCCGACCUCAUUUGGAGCCGUGGUACAGUUAGUGUCAUCUAUGAUCGCCAACGUAGGCUCCAUCUACCUGGCAUACAUCCUGUUCUUCGUGCUGAAGGAUGUGUGUAUUGUGUGUAUGAGCAUGUACGUCAUCAACUUCCUCCUCCUCCUCUGCAGCAUCUCCAAGUUGAGGCAGGCAAUGGCUGCUCAGUCCCGGAAGCAGAGGUGAUGGUAGCCACCUACAGGCACCUGACACUGAUGCAAGGACUCUCCUCCAGAACCUCAUACUUGUUGAUUGUUUAGUCCUACCACUUGUUGAGAAUACCCUUUAAAUAUGGCUGGUCCAGUAUUUCAGUGGUUAUGAGAAUAUAUUGUUGACUUAUUGCCGCUAAAUGUCCAUGUCCUGAACCAACUUGAAGCUGCCUGACUUUACCAUUUUAUCAAGUUAUUUAUUUGUGUUGAUCAAUUUUAGAGUCAUAAUACAAGGAAGGAAGGCAGCAUCAGUUUACCAUUAAUCUAAUCUCAGGUAAGGUACCGAAAUGAUUUUACUUUGCACAAUCAUGAGUUUUCCUAAGCAAGUGAUUAUUUCAUGAUAUAUUAUGAUACAAAUGUAAGAUGUCUAAUACUAUAAUAUUUAUAGCUUUGUUUCCAGUUGCAGAAAUUUUGUUUGUGUCAAGGUAGCAUUUGCUCAGCAAAAGUGAUUUAUGAUAUGAAUGGAAUAUACGUAUUUGUGAUGCUUGGUCAUAUAUAACUAUGUGCUGAACGUGUAACCAGCAAUCAGGGAUGAGUCUUUAUGAUCACUGGCAGUCUGUGGUUCGGUCAGACCAAUCUGUGCAUGACUGCCUGCAGCCCAGGUAGUGAUGAUUGUCUUUAUGAUCAAUGGCAGUCUGUGGUUCGGUCAGACCAAUCUGUGUGUGACUGCCUGCAGCCCAGGUAGUGAUGAUUGUCUUUAUGAUCAAUGGCAGUCUGUG